ACACAUCUCAGCUACACAGCAGCUACACAACAAGCCAUACAACAUGUGCCAGAACAAGACCAACGACUCCAACACCAUGAGCAUCAAAUCAAACAAGAAGCUGUCCUACAGCGUCAAGAAACUGCUGCAGAAGAUCUUCAAGCAGCAACAACAGCAGCUAGUCGAGGAGGAGCAGAAUCUGAAGAACACACUGAAGGCCAACUCUUUGGAGUCCCUUGAAUCCAUUGAAAACAGCCGAAAUGCCGAUCUGGAGUCCGCCUCCGUUUGCGCCUCAAUGGAGUCCUACGAGAACGAGGCCAACGAGCGCCUCUCCGCCUCCUGCGACAUGGAGGACUACGAGCUCGAGCAAUUGCCCUCAGUGCCAGUUCACUUUGUGCGCACCGCCCACGGCACCUUCUUCUGGACCGCCGCCUCCGAUCUGCCAGCCGACAACGACCUGAUCGAGCCCCUGUACUGCAGCACCGCCAACGAGAUUGCCGUCUCGCAGUUCCAGGAUCGCUGGGUUCAGGCCUAA